GAGGUUUCUGGAAUCGGGGCUUGAUUCAAAGCUAACUGAAAUGCGAACCAUGCUUGAUACAAUAAGCUCAUUGCUUGCCCCGGGCACCGGUCAGGGAAAUGGGUCAUUGGGGGAGGCCAAGGGAAGUUACAGUGGUUCUCACUUUGAGAGAGGCGACCAAGAUGAGGAUGUUCUGCUUUCAGACAGCAUGCAUGAGGAAUCUAUCUUCAGUGAGUCCUGCGCUGUCGAAGCUGUUUCCAGUGGGUCCUGCAUGCGACAACCACAGCUUGAAAAUCUGGUGCACUCAGGGAGGUCUGCCAUGGGAGAUCGAGAUCAGCCAAGGGAUUUCUGCCAUGCUAAUCAAACUGUGACUGCUGCCAUAGCCGCUGAGCCUCCUGGUAAGGGCAUGUCAUAA